UAUUUGUUGUUUAAAGGGUAAAGUAAAAGAAUUACGUUUUCCCUCCUGGAGAGAAGAAAUCCCGCUUCCAGAGAGCUGCUCUGAUUCGUCCACGUCCUGUGAGGUUAGAAUAUCACAAGUUUGGUCUUCGAAAUCGGUGUCGAGUUCCUUGUUCUGAAGAGUUGGAGAAGGAUUCGUGUGGUGGUCGAGUUGAAGGUUCGUUGGUGGAGGUGAAACCCUUUGCGAACAGUGUGAGACGAAAGAUUCCCAACAAAAAAGAUAUAUAAACUAAAGCAGAUUAUUCUAUAGUAUUGGUUUUGAAGAGCCGAAACAGCUAAAAGAAGCAAAGCUACUGAAAACUAGGGGCGGCUCUUUUGUAAGCACAGUCGUAUCUGAUUCGCUGGUGUGCUUCGGAAGGUAGAGAAGCUGUCUCACGAGAAUGGAUUCGUCAAACGACGUCGCUUUGGUUUCCUCUGAGAUGGAGAAGUUCCUGUGCGAGUUGUUGCUGGAUUCAUCCCAGCCAAUUUCUGAGCGCUUCAGGGCAUUAUUCUCUCUCCGCAACCUCAAAGGCCCCGCCCCUCGCGAUGCCCUUAUUCUCGCCACAAGGGAUACAUCGAAUUUGUUGGCGCACGAAGCUGCAUUUGCGUUGGGUCAAAUGCAGGAAUUAGAAGCCAUUCCUGCUUUGGCUUCAGUUCUGAAUGAUCUUUCUUUGCAUCCCAUUGUUCGCCAUGAGGCAGCUGAGGCAUUGGGUGCUAUAGGUUCAGAAGGUAAUGUUCCUCUCCUGAAGAAUAGUUUGGAUUCGGAUCCGGCCGAGGAAGUUCGAGAAACAUGUGAGUUGGCUCUUCAACGAAUUCAGCAUUUGAAAGAUGCUGGCAAUACCGAUGAAUUGGCUACAACUGAAAUAUCACCUUUCAAGUCUGUGGAUCCAGCCGUGCCAGCGACCUCUUGUACUUCUGUUCAACAACUUAGGGAAAUACUUCUUGAUGAAGAUAAAGGGAUGCAUGAACGCUAUGCAGCUCUUUUUGCACUUCGCAAUGAUGGUGGAAAUGAAGCUGUUGCUGCUAUUAUUGAUUCCUUGAGCUCAAAAAGUGCUCUACUGCGCCAUGAGGUUGCAUAUGUUUUGGGUCAAUUGCAAGACAAAGUUGCUUCUGCUGCUCUAUCCAAUAUACUUAAAGAUGUGAAGGAGCACCCAAUGGUUAGACAUGAGGCUGCUGAAGCUCUUGGUUCAAUCGCAGAUGAUCGAAGUGUAGCACUUCUUGAAGAAUUUACGGCAGAUCCAGAGCCUCUUGUCUCACAAAGUUGCGAAGUUGCUCUAAGCAUGCUAGAAUUUGAACGAUCAGGGAAAUCAUUCGAGUUCCUGUUCAUGCCAACUCCAACUGUGCAUUAAAUGUUUUCUCGCGGUAAUGCGAAGACAUAUAUAGAAGUAGCGGAUGGAUGGGAAUAGACUAAGAGACGCUGACAAAAACAGUUACAUACAAAGAAAUUGUAGAAUUUCUUACUUACAAUUGUUGAGAUUAGAAACCUUAGUUUUACAUAAACACGAGUUUAACUAUGUUUCUGUUAAUUUAUGAUUUUUUUUUUAUUGAAGUGGAAGCUUUAACGGUUGUUCUAUAUAUCUUUUUACUAUGGCUCUACGAUCUCAGGAUAAUUCCUGUCGACAUUAUUUACUGUCUAAUAGUUAUAUGGCAACUACAUUUGGAAAAUAAUGUUAUCAAGCAAAUUAUUAAA